UUGCCGGCACGCGACGCCGGCUGAAGAGAUUCCUCUCCAUUAUGCAGUUGAGUGUGGAACGGUGAGGUCGUGCUUGUGACUCUUCCGUCGCUCAAGAGUCAGAUAGAUCCUUCUGGUGGAUCAGUUGGGUGCGUUAGCGCGUGUACAUCAUCCCCCUGUUUUUUUUCCUUCCUGCUCAGGAACUCCCCUUGGACUGUCUGUGCUGCCUCCGGGGUGCACUUCCCUCAUUCCGUGACAAGACUGAUUGAACUUUGAGAGCUUGACAAGUAUUUAGUGAUUUUUUUUAAGUGGACUUUUCAGCUGCCAAUUUUUAUCUCGCGAGUGAGGAAAAAAUAUCAGUUUUUUUUUUGUGGUACAGAUAUAUCAGAGAUUUUUCUGACCAUUCAGACUUUUCAAUGUGUUUCCGUAGUGCAUUUUCAUAAAAGUGAAUGCCUGUGUUUUUUUUGUUAUCCAGCCAGAAGCACAAUCAUUCAAUUUUCAAGCGACUUGUCGGAAUAACUGCAAAAAGAGUGAAUCAUCCCAUCAGCAGUCAAGCAGAGAGCUUUUGGUGGUAGUCUCGACGCAGAGGUGGAACAAAAAAGAGGGUUACACCAAACACCUGACUGAGGUUUCCACUGAGGUUGAAAUUGGCUGAGAAAUUGCUGCCCAUAAUGCAGAAGUUGGGAGAACAAAUAACACUCAUCAUUCCGUAUACUUAAUACUCGGGAAUGCGAAUAUCAACGCUUCAGGACUGAGAUAGGGAAGACUGAUAUGGUGUUGGGGAUUUGAGAGAAAGUAUCAAGAGAGAAGGAUAAAGGAAGGGAUCUGCAUCUGACACUAUCCAUUUUACUCAAUCAUCCGGAAUAUUCAAUCCCGAAGCGAUGUCUAUCACGGGAUCACUGGUUGGAUAUGAGAAUAACAAUGAGAUUAGUAGCAAGAAGAAUCGUUCACUGCUCAACAUAACAGCAUCAUCAAAGCAAUGUCCAAGUCUGAAUUCUAGCAUAAGUAACAGUGUUAUAACGUCGUCUAGUGCCAGCACUGCCAAUCCCAAGCAUCCAACCAACGCACCAAUGGAGAGGAAAGCAGCAAAUGGGAGACGCUUCCAUUUCAACUCGCUAUGGUCCAUUUGGUAUGGAAUUCUCAUGACGCUGAUGACGGGAUAUCUUGCUGUUCAGGGUGCCCAUCGAUUUCUCGUUUGUUCGCUGUUACAAUGGAAAUUGGAUGCACCAUCCGUUGAAUUGAAUAUACAAAUUAUUUUGUGCGGUUUUGUCUUCCUCCUUCUGCCCAUCUUCUUCAUCACGACAAUUUUUAAGAUCGGAAAUCUGGCCAAUGAUGGCAUUAAAUUGGCAAGUGGAGCAGGAAAGUGUUCGGUGGAGCCACCAGAUGGUCUUGAGGAGGAGUCAAAGGGUGGUACACUGAGAGCACUAUGGACACAUGGUGGACCAACUUCGGCAUUUCUGCACGUUAUAGCUGCCCUAGCCCUCCUAGUCCCGCGUCUCUUGCUGGAAGCACGCAUGAUUGAGAAUGGAUUGCUGCCGAAAGAACACAUUUGGCGCACUGAAUUGGAUUUUCUGGUAACGCAUCGGGAUCGAUUAGUCAUCCUGUCGUUUAUGACGUCGCCAUAUCAGAAUAGCACAGUUGAUGGUGAAUCACCAUUAAUCACGGGGCCAACGGGUGGUAGGGUACUCCCUGAGGAAUAUCAUGGCUCCACUUACGACGAGACGCACUUGAUUGAGAAAUUUGGCACAAUUGACGACGACGAGGAAUUCUUUGACAACCAUGGAAUUGGGGGUGCGGAACUUAUGACGACGGUAUCGGAAGUGCCAGAGGAACGGCAUCCGGUGAGCUCGACAGUUGCCGUCCCCGUGGACGUCAGUCCAGGAGGUGGGAGAAGAGGUCGCAAUCGAGGUGGCAAUAGAUCUUCCUCGAGAAGGGUGAACAAUGAGCCAGAUCAUAAUUCAUUCCGCAGCAGGAAGCAGAAGGCCAACAAUCGGAAGGACAGCUUUGAUGCUGUUGACGUGAACCUGGAGCUGAGGCCUGAGAAAGCCAUACCCUUCGAGAAACUCAAUAACUACGACGGUGAGACAGUAUUUGAGGUGAAUCGCAAUGGGAGGAAGCAAAUUCAAAGUGCAAGACCCACAAUUAGGCAGCCAGACAGUGGAACCCGGAAAAUCCAGAGCAAAGACAGCAACAUUCAUAUUUUGAAGCCGGAAAAACUGCCCGAAUCCUUCUUGCCAUCCACACCAAUGACGGCUAAUUCAAAAAUUAUUGAGAUUAAGUCCAAUGCAAAAAAUUCAAGUAGGAGAACUAAAAGAUCCAGUCAAGUGGUUAUUGAACCAUCAGCCCUUAUCGGAGCCAUCCCAAUGAACAUAACCAUUUCAGAGGGAAAUGGAGGCGUUGUGGUGGAAUUGCUGCAGAAAUUCUUUGGAUUGACAGAUGCCAAGGAGAAGACUGAUCCACAGAAAUGGAUAUCUCUGCCGAGUCUUGAGUUCCUGAAUCUCGCGAUUGCCAUCAUGAUAUGGUCAGUGAGGUACCCAGCCGUCUUCUGGGGCACUUCAAAGUCCUUCUCAACAGUUUUCAGCAUCCAAAUGCUAGCUAAUGGAAUCACAAUUCUCCUGGAUUACAUUGGCUGUUCCGUUCUCUACAAACUCGAAAUGCUAGAGGCACCUCCACCCCUCAGAUCCCCAGGACUCCUCCUGAAUGCAACAGUGACUGUUUCUCUAUUUAUCCUCUCCACCAUCCUCAUCAUGUCCUCCUCCCUGGUCCUCUACCUCUAUGGCCAUGGGAAGUUGGCCACAAAGAUGCGCGAGAGGAAGGUUAUCUCCACAAAAAGUGGCGACACUUGGUCCUACUUUGCACACUGUGCAUCACUCUGCUAUGUCCUGGCCCUGUCUGUGGCCAAAGCGCCCAUUCUCCAUGAUCUCAGUGCCACGUACAAAGGCAGUUUGGACAGGGCUGUGCUCGUGUCUGCUCUUGGAUCAGUGGUCCAUCUCUUCCUGUGGGUGAUGCUUUGGCUCACGUUGACUGCCAAGCGUCGUUGGGCCUUCAAGUUGCCCCCAUUGGAGCGCCAUGGAGCCACCAAGGGAGCCACAGAACCACUCCUGAUGGCUUCCCAUCGUGGCGGAAGUGUCAUGGCCGGAGCCCCGGGACAGAGUCUUCUGGCUGGGAACGGAAAUGCAACAAAUGGGGGCGAGGAGACCAUCUACUGGCCAAAGCUCACGCCCAGUUCACCAAAGCUCAAAGUCACCUUCAAUGAAGUACCGAGUACGUCACCCCCGCAAAAUUUGGGUGGUGAACACGACGGCAAGCGCAAUAAGGGCCGUGGAACCGCGGUAUGUGUCGCCCCUCUUGCGGGGGAGGCUGAUGACGGAGAUUACGCCACCUUGAGAGGUCCCACCGGGGAUCUCCUUCACUUGAGUGACCUAACAGCUCACUGUGACAUGACGGACGAUAAUACAUCAGAAGAGGGCAAGUUGUUGGAGAGUGUUCGAGAUGACAGUGUAACUUAUGCUUCAACGAGAGAUCUAGAACCUCCUAUUGAGCAGAUGGUCAGUCCCCUAGCUCCAGUAACGGUCACUGUCCACACAAACGAAGCUCAUAUAACAUCGAGUUCAACGCCACGGUGCUUAAGGCGAGCUGACUCAGGUGUUCCAAACGAGGCCCUAACUCCUCGUUCAGACACCACAUCCACCGAGGAGUCUGCUUCUCCUCCCGACCGAGCUCCCUCCGAGACCUCAAGCGGUGUUCACUCUGGAGAAGAGCGCGAACCCGCCGAGGUGGCUAUACGACCACGUCCAGGUCCUGCUGCUAAAGUGGCAGUGAAACCGGUGCCACCGGCCAUCGAGGAGGAGCCGUUCGGGAGGUCAACCAAUAUGCGGAUGUCCAGCUUCGCAACGGACGGUUUGCGUGCCAGCAGUGCUACUCUGCCGUUAACCAGGGCUAUCUCUGAGCCCCCAAUGACAGAGUAUCCACACUGUAGCACAAUGCCUCUGCCAGUGGGAUGCCAUCAGCCUAUUCAUGGGCUCAGGCAGCACUCAAUUACGCCAAAUUCGCAGUCAAAGACACAACUGCUGCAACAUACGACUCUGCCUAAUGGCGUAAGGCAGUUUACCACGCAAAACCAGUUUCUGCGACGAUUACCUCAUGUGAGGACAGCUGAGUCUCCGUAUGGGAUUCUGGGACUUGGAAGUGGCCAUCAUACCUUUUCCAAACUACUCCAAGAACCUCUGACAGCAAUGCCCAUUCCUGAGGACAGGGAUUCUGCCAAUUACUCAAUCAUCUCCGAGCAGGACAUUUACAUCUCUCACUAAACCGGACAACUUCUCGAAUUUAUAGUAAUGCACUCGUGAUAAUGCUGAAUAGAAACUCUUUUUUUUCAGGAUUUACGUUAUCUAGUAGCAAGCUAAGCUCAACGGUGAUAAAGUUAAGGUAAAGUAAAUUCAGACAAAAAUAUAAUUUAGGCCACGCCCCUUUCAGGCUCUAUGGACAAGAAUAGCAUCAAUUUUGGGAUGAAGAUCAAGAUCAAAAUUGAAGAUAUCAAAAAGUGACAAGUUUAGUACAUUUGACGUUUAGGAUAACAAAAAUCGUUCUUGAUUUUGAUCCUUAGCUUGAUCUUAAAAUUGAGGUUAAUGUGAGUUUUGGGGGUUUGAGGGUUUCACUAAAGAGAAACCACAAUAUGCAACUGAGUUAUCACCCUUAUAAUUGCAACUAAGGGUAAAGAACUCAUAGCAACGCCCUUGAAAAAUAAUCCACGCCUCCUUCAUUGAAGUCAGUGAUUAUGCCAAGGUUUUUAUACCUUUCGCCACUUCUUUUAUUAUGCUCCCCCCAAUAGAUUGAAAACGGUAAAGAAAACUUUUUUUACAAUUAUAAUAUUUCUUAGUCCUUUGUGUUACAGUAAGGGCGUGGCUUGUUUUAAUAGGCGAAAUGACAAAAGUUGUCUUCUUAUGCAUUUUUUACAAUAUCUUUUUAUUAAUCAAUUAAAAAAAAAACCUUGAAUUUUUAAUUUUAGUUGCCUUAACUUCUGAAGGGGCGUGAUCUAAAGAAAAAUGGGCGUGGCUUAUUUUAAGAUUUGAAAUUAUCAACCGAAUUUUACUCAGAUCAAUACUCAUUUCUUUCUUACUUAAAAGUUAAUGAAGUUAUAGUUCAGCUACCAAAAGAAAAUUAUAACUAUCUGUAUAGUCUUCUUUUUUUCUUUUUUUUUUGUAAAUAUAUGCAGUUCAUAUCGGCAUUAUUACGAAUGUGCGACAUAAAAUUGAAAUAUUUCGAAGAGAAUAAUCCAGCACUGCCCUCACUGUAAACUUAUCGACCGAAACUAGUUAAAUAAUUUAUAAAAAUCAAAUAUAUGCUAAAUAUUAUUUUAAACAUAAAAAGAAACCUAUUGUAGAAAGCUAAUGAGAGAACUUGAGACAAAGAAAACCUCGCGGAAUUUUCAAUAUCAAACCAAAAUGACAUUUGUUUAACUUGGAAAAUUUCCGCAGAGGUUUAAAAAUGAUAACAUUUAUGAAUGAAGAAGAAUUUUGGGAAAUGAAAUUCUGCAUCAACUUCUUCGCUUAAAUCACCCACCCUUUCAUAGUGCAUUUGUAGAUUUUUAUAUAUUCCAAACAAAAAUUAUGCUUCAACAGCUUUCUAAAAACUGCCUGUAUAAAAUGAAGAACUUUCUUAUAAACUGCAUAGGAAGUGUAGAGAUCUCUAAAAUUGAAGGAAAUUGUGAAGCCAAAAAUAUCUCUGAGACUAUUUGGAUUUAUUGCAGAAACAUUGUUAAAAAAAAGUUAAACGAGGUUUUAGUACAAGGGGCGACAUGAACUCCUUGAUGUACUGAAGAAAAUCCCGGAAUUUUCCGUAAUUAUUUGAAUAGGAAAUAUAUUUUACAAGAACUAGAAGAAAAAAAUUCUUUUUAAAGUAACUAAAACAUCCCCUGAUUACAUUUUUUAUCGAUCUACUUUAUUUUUGAAAUGUUUUUUUUUAUUACUCCCAGGGGAAUAUUUUCUCUUUGAAUUUUUGUCAAAAUCAUAAUAAAAUCACUCUAGAAAGAAUAAUUCUCAACCGAUUUGGUCAAAAUUGGAUUUAUCUGAACGGUCUUGAAUUUUCAAAUCUAUCCCAAUCGUAAUUAAUCGGUUUAAAACCUGUAAUUAAUUAUUUUACCUUAUAUUCGCUUUCUAUGUUUGAAUAUUUUUUAUUACGUUAUAACCCAAACGGUAAGACAUAUACAGUUCUGGCUUUCGAUGACCCUAGAUAAAUUGAUAUGCCUUGGGAAAAUAUUUUGAGUUUCUUUAUCAGCAUUCUCUACUCCAAAGUCUUUUUUUAGUGUCCAAUUUUACGUAAACCCCUGAAAAAUGCGACCAGUUUUAGUGUAAAUUUUUUCCUGUUUUCGUACACAUUUCACGAGAUAUCUCCGAAACUACGUAGGUUGCCAAUUUGAUGUUUUCGGUUGCCCAUUCUAUAUUAAAUUGGCUUUUAUUUUGUAUUUGUAUUUUUUGCUAAUUCAUUCCACAAUGAUAGAAAAUACCGAAUAAACUCCAAAGUUUUUUCGGCACGCUAAAAACAUAUGGAAAACAUAUGAAACAUCAUGCCCCUGAUCAGAACGGUAACAGAACCUCUGUAGAGAUUUAAGGCUAUCGAAGACGAUUACGAACAAUCACGCAUCUGGCCAAAUUUUUAGCUAUUUCCUCUAUAAUUUGCCAGUGACCUUCGUUCAAUCCUUUUCUUAGAGGACAAAAGGUAAUUUCCCUCUAAAAUGCGUUAUAUCUAUACUUACGUAAAUCAAGAUUUAAUGUAUCUGUCGGGCCUUAGAAUUUUAAGUAAGUGGAAAUCAGUGCAAAUCUUGAAACCGAUAAUAAAUCAGUAAAGAAGCCAUUUCAGACGAUUUACGAUUAAGUUUAAUUCGAUUUUAUACCGCUACAGCCAGUAGAUUUUGAGAAAUUAAUGUAAUAUUGACAUUCAAGACUUGAAUACCACUUAGUGGUAAACUAACCUUGAAAUUUAUUUAUUUCUGCCUAAUAACGGAUUUUUGAAAGGUUAAUUAGGCUAAUUACUCACUAUGAUCAGCAAAUUUUUGUACACUUGGCUCUUUGUUAUCCGGAUGACAGCUGCCAAACACUUUGACAGUUGAUGUAUUCAAACAAAACGUUUUAUAGCGAAACAUGCAGCUUGUGAAUUAAACUGCUUUGUCAUUAUUUUAUCAAAGUUCUUGAAACAUAAUUAUGACAAAAAAUGAAACAUAAACACACCACAAAGAAAAUUCUUUUGUUCUUCGACAAAAAAAAUCACACAGCAAAAAAAUAUAAAAACCGUUGACCAGAUCCAAAAAACCUAAAUGUCAUUUUGUCUCCCCGUCAGCCGAAUAACGAGGAUCUGACUGUAAAUAAAAUUACGACAAUUGCUGAUCCAAGCGAAGAAAAGAAAUGCAGGUGUCUAUUACACACUUUGUGACUUUUUAUCAAGAGAACUUCAGUAAACUAUUUUUGUUUUCUAAAGAAGUUAAAUGAAGUUAAACGAGAAAUAAUUAAGCUAAACUUUAGCUUCCAUAAGCACACGUUUUCAAAACAAAAGUUAUCUCGCUUACGCCAUUUGUAGUUCUGCAAUAAAUUCCAGAGUCAAAUAAAUGAAACAUAAUAAAAUAUUCAUAUACACUUAUAAAACUAUUUACUUUUGAUAGAUAUAUAGAAAGGAAAUGUGUCACAAGCCCUCAAAAAAAACCGAACCUAUCAUCUUCUCACCGGAAACAAGAAAUAAUAAUAAUCACAUCAAAUCACAUCACUUUAAAAAAAAAAAUAAACAUUAAAAAAAAUAUUGAAAACGCUGGAACCAUUUUUGAUCACUUGAAGCAUAUCCCCGAGGAAUCAUAUCUAAGCUUAUACAGUAUUUAACGUAAAUUAAAAUAAAUAGAAGAAAGCUAUGUAUAUUUAAAAAGAAUUUUAAAAAAAAAUGCAAGAUGAAAAAAAAAUAUUUAGAAGAGAAAAAUUUUUAUACCAAAUUUUGAACUGCAUUUUUACGGCAAUUGCUAAAUAGAUUUUUUACGGAAACAUUUUUUCUACGCAUUCUUUUUAUCUACUUUUUCACCAACAAAUGCAAGUUGUUGCAGAAGAAUAAAAACAAAUAAGAAAAAUUGUAGACAAGAUAAACGCAACAAAUAACUUUAAGAAAAAAAACUAAAUAAAACCAAAAGACAAUAGAUUUUGAAAUUGAAUUUUACAACAAAUGUAAUUUAUUUAGAAAUUAUUCUACAUUCUAAGUAUAUUUGUAAAUAAUAAUUUUGCUGUAUACUAAUUUAUUGAGAACCACUUGAAAAAAAAAACUUUUGUUCCCAAUUGACUCAAACUCUCGGAAAAGCAUCAAUGCAAAGACUGAUUAGAAAAUAUUGUUUUUUCUAUAUUUGUUCACGAAGAACUUUCUAUCGAAAUAUCUCUUGCGAUGAAAUAAUUCAGUUUUUUUUAAAGAUAAUUGGCGAAUUAUUCUUUGUUGAUGAAGAAACUGCCAACGGGAGAAACUCAGAUGAUAAUGUGUUAAUUUAUAGGAAUAUAGGAUUAAAUAUUUCUUAUGUGUAAUUCAUUAAAUUUAAAAAAAAAUGUACAGAUUAUCGUGAAAUUAGAUAAAAUAUAAAAAUAUUGAAACAAUAUUGAAAGAAAAAAAUAUGAAAAACAAUAAUUCGAUAAAUUUAAAGGGAGAGAAAGCAAGUAGUGAAUAUUAGCCGUAUAUAAAUGUAAAACCUAAUAUUGUAUUAACGAUUAACGUAAAUGUUUUGUAUAUUUAAAUAAAUUAUUAUGAAAUCCAAAAA